AUGCUCCUGACUUUUGCUCUGGUAUAUUGUUUCCUCAUUUUGUUCACUCGAUGGCACACCUUUCGGGAUCCGACGUCGGCUUUCUUCGAUUCUUCCACCGGGUACUUGCCCGCCUACUCCACGGUGCGAUUUCAGCAGGCUGAUCGCUACAUCAACGACGCCAACAACGGCGCCGCUUACACCCAAUGGAAAGCCUCGGAAAGCCCUCGCAUGUGCGUGGGCGUCGCCUCCGUUGCCCGAAAAGGCGCUCGGUAUUUCCGGAGCGCUGUGGGCUCGAUAUUGGAAGGCUUGAGCGAGGCUGAGCGCGCAAACAUGUAUUUGAUUCUAUUCAUCGCCCACACAAAUGCAACGGAACACCCUGCCUAUUCUGAGCCGUGGCUCCACAACGUGGCCGACCGGGUCCUGCUGUACAACGAAACAGAGGUCGAUGUUAACCACAUACACGACCUUGAGACCGAUUCCGCCAAGUUCUUCGCCCGGGAAAAGGCCUUGUUCGACUACACGUACUUGCUCAAGGCAUGUCAGGACGUCAAUGCUUCCUUUGUCUCUAUGGUGGAAGAUGAUGUCCUAGCUUUGGAUGGGUGGUUCCAUCGGACGCUCUACGCCGUCGACGAGGCAGAUCAGAUGACAGUGGACAAGGGCGCAUCCAGCUGGCUCUACCUGCGACUCUUCUACACCGAACAACUCCUCGGUUGGAAUUCCGAGGAGUGGCCGGCCUACCUCUUUGGCUCCGUUAUCACAGUCGGCUUCAUCGCCUGCGCCCUACUUGGAAUCCGUCGCUACCAACCCAAAAUCCGGCCAAUGCUUCCCGACGACACGAUCUUGCUUCUCUGCUUCAUAUGCACUCCGCUUCUUAUCGGACUCUAUUUCGCCGCCGGACGAGUCACCAUGCGUCCUAUCCCGCCCGGAGUGCACGAGAUGUCUCGAUUUGGAUGCUGCUCACAAGGCUUCGUGUUCCCGCAAUCGCGAGUCCCUGAUCUCAUCCAUCUGUACGAGGAAAGAAAAGCCGGUUACGUCGAUAUGCUCACCGAGGACUUUGCCAACGCGAACGAUGAGAUUCGAUACGCAAUCACCCCAAGCGUCCUGCAGCAUGUAGGGCGGAAAAGCUCCAAGGAGGCGGACUGGAACAAUACCAAACCCAAGCAGGGGAUCACCGAUCUAUGGAACUUUGCCUACGAAAUGAAUGAUCCGGCGUAUUUACGCCAGGAGCAUGAUGCAUUCCGGGAGCGCCUAUAG